AUGGCACAAUCGAUCCUGCCAUGUUCAUCGUCAGUAAAAACAACAUCUUACCUCGAGGUCUUUCAUCAUGAACCCCGCCGAGGGUUGCCGACGUGUGCGGAAAUCUUCCUUGCUCGUCCAUGGAUGGUGGAUCUUGUGCCGCUCUUUUCUGCACAUCCUUUUGCCUGCAACCCCUCCACCUCGCUGGGAGUGCGGUGUGCGGUGGGGGGCGGUGGAUCAAUGAUGAGAUGCACAGGCGGCGCAUGUACCGACCAGUUUUUCGGCGCUCACCAGGUUAGCAACGGUCGCCGGGCGUUGGCACUGGAUGGGACCUGCACUGUUAGGCUCGAUUGCUGCAGCCUCGCGCGUGUCGACGGGGAUCGGACCACUGGUGGUAGCAGGGAGGCCAGCAGCUCAUUUCGACUUGACCGGCAGGAAAGCCGUCUGAUUGUCGUCAAAUCCGACGGCGAGGCGAAUCGAAGCUUGCCAGGGAAUCGAACAACCCUGAGAGCUAGGGAGUGA